AUGAAAACACUUAUGCCAGUCAAGAAAGUUCCUAAGGCUACUCCCAAGGUUUUGGUGAAACCGGUUCAACCAGAAAGCACCGGAAAUUCAAAGGAGGUUGUCGACUCGCAGAGGAAGAAGAUUCUGAUGUCCAAAGAGAAGGCUCGUAAAACCUUUGAUGUGAUCCAACAGAAGGACAGACGCAGUGAGAGCAACAAAGCUGAGCUCCAGGAGGCUCCUGUGAUCUCUCCCAGGGUCAUUAUGGUGAAACCGGCCUCACCAGAGAACAUCAUCGAAUUCCAGGAGCUUGAUGAUGUUCAGAAGGAGAGUCACAAGGUUCUGAUGUCCAGAGAGAAGGCUCAUAGAAGCUUUAACAUGACCCAACAGAAGAACAGGAUUCUGAUGUCCAAAGAGAAGGCUCGUAAAACCUUUGAUGUGAUCCAACAGAAGGACAGACGCAGUGAGAGCAACAAAGCUGAGCUCCAGGAGGCUCCUGUGAUCUCUCCCAGGGUCAUUAUGGUGAAACCGGCCUCACCAGAGAACAUCAUCGAAUUCCAGGAGCUUGAUGAUGUUCAGAAGGAGAGAGAGAAGGCUCAUAGAAGCUUUAACAUGACCCAACAGAAGAACAGACGCAGUGGGAGCAGCAGAGCUGAGGUCCAGGAAGCUCCUGUGUCCUCGCACAGGGUCAUUAUGGUGAAACCGGCCCGACCAGAAAACACCAUACGAUUGCAGGAGGGUGACCUGGUAAAGAGUGUGACGAGUGUGGAGCUCCACUCCGCAGAGAGGACCACACAGAGAGACCCUAUCCAGGACCAGCAGCAGAGUGACAGUCGACUUAAUAUGGAGACAAAGGCUAAAGACAGAGAGCCCGCUCCGAUACAGACUCCCACGUCUACUCGCUGUGACGCUGUAGACGAGAGGCUCAAAGACAGGCCUAAAAGGAAAUUUUGGAUAAAGAGAACAGCCAAAGUUCAGCCUCUGAACGACUCCACACUGCCCCCUACUGAAGAUGAUUUUGUCCCAAAGAAGAAGAGGAAAAACAUCUUCAGGAGGGCGUUUUCAUUGCUCAAACGCUGCAGCUGUUUUAAUUAA